AAAAUCUCCAACUAAAACCGAAAGAAUUGAAACAUUUUCGGAUAUUUUCAUUUCAGAUGCGAGCAGCAAACGGUUAACAAAGACACAUUUAUGUGAGGAACACAGGAACACAGCUUAAUGAAUUAUGGAACAUGUGAAUACAACAAAUACAAGGCAACAGCAACAACAACAGCAGCAGCUGCAGCAAAAUCAACUGGAGCAGCAGCAACAACAUAGCGAAAAUCAACAACAAUUCUGCCUGAGAUGGCAUAAUCAUCAGACCAGCCUGCUUAGCACGCUGCCGGUGCUGCUGGAUCAAUCGCAGCUCACGGAUGUGACCAUUUCGGCGGAGGGGCGGCUUCUGCGGGCGCAUCGCGUGGUGCUGAGCGCCUGCAGCAGCUUCUUUAUGGAAAUCUUUCGUGCCCUGGAGGCCAGCAAUCAUCCGGUCAUCAUAAUACCCGGCGCCAGUUUUGGCGCUAUUGUCGCCCUGCUAACGUUCAUGUACUCCGGUGAGGUGAAUGUCUACGAGGAGCAGAUACCCAUGCUGCUCAAUCUGGCUGAAACAUUGGGCAUCAAGGGCCUGGCGGAUGUGCAAAAUAAUAAUCUACCCAAGACAACGAAAAAUGCUCCGUGCAGCACACCGACAGCCUGCAUGGAGCCCGCCAGCGUGGACAAGCCGCUGGGAUUUGAUGCAACUAGAACACCUUCGCCAGAGGCCACGCCCACAGCUACACCCAGUCUGGUCAUGCCGCAGCUGCCAAAUCCCACGCUGCAAGCGCCACUGCUGGCCAACAAAUUGGGCUCGCCAUUGGAGAAUUUCUUUCUAAAGUCGCUGCAGUUCUAUCCGAAUCUCUUGCCGCAACCAUUGAACUUCUCGCAAACGGCGCUGAACAAGACCACAGAGCUGCUGGCCAAGUACCAGCAGCAGUGCCAGCUCUAUCAGAACAGCCUGGAGGAGGACGAUUGUUACGGGUCCAAGCGGCUGAAGACUGGCAGCGGUGCCACUGGCAAUCCAGGCAACUCAACGGCACAGCAACAAAAGGAUGUUAAGCGCAUAGACAAGAUCGUGGAGAAUCUAAGGACUAGCAAUAGCAACAAGUCGCCCAUGGAAUGUGCUGCUCCGAACUCAAUUGUGGCCACUUCACCGGUCACACUUGCGCCACAGAGCAUGUCGCACUUCUCCCCGCAGCUGCCUGUGGUCAAGUCGUCGCCCAGCUACAAUAAUCCAUUGAGCGCCGGCCACUUGUAUAGCAGCGCCAAGCUGCCUAGUUACAGUGCCGCUGCCACGCCCACAACGGCACAGCAAGCAUCCCACCAGGCGGCGUCAUCACACCAUGCCAGUCCGCCCUACAUCACGCCCGAGGAUCACGUCAAGCUGCAGCAGCACAUCGAACAGUAUGCGGCCUGCCAACGGGAGGCUGCGGCCGCUGCAGCAGCUGGACAAUUGAUUAGCGCCAAGUCGGAGCCGAAUCUGUUGUCACUCAGCGCCGAGAAGAUGCCAACGGCCAACAAGCCGCCGUCCAACUCCAAGCUGUAUGCCACAUGCUUCAUCUGCCACAAGCAGCUCAGCAACCAAUACAAUUUGCGCGUGCACCUCGAGACCCAUCAAAACGUGCGCUAUGCGUGCAAUGUUUGCUCGCACGUGUCGCGCAGCAAGGAUGCACUGCGCAAGCAUGUCAGCUAUCGGCAUCCUGGCGCGCCGUCUCCCUGCGAGAACGAGGCCCGACGCAAGCGCGUCACAAAGCUGGCAGCUCAAUCGAUCUCCGCCGCUGCGCCGUCCGCUACGGCAACCAGUAGCGAUGUGGCCGCUGGCGAAGCAUCAGGCUCCGGCGCGGGCUCAGGCUCAGGCUCGAGUGGUGGUUCGGGCUCAGGUGCGCUCUCCUCCAAUCCUUACCUUUUUCUUCCCAAUCAGUUUCAGCUGGCCGCCGCGGCGGCUGCUGUUGCCGUGGCCGAAUCGAAUACAGCAACCAGCCUGGAUGUAGCGCACGAGGUGCCCGUUUCCAUGAAGAGCGAAACGGACACAUCGACCAUUUGAGGCAGCACCACAAAUUUAACUCGUUAAACACGCACUCAAACACACACACACACACACACUCGCACACACAC